CCCGACCCGAAAUAAUGACCGGGUCUAUUUUUGAGACCCUUACCCGGCCCUAAACCCGAUGAAAUCACACCAAAUUAGCCCCAAAAGUGUUCGGGACCGGGCCGGGCCUUCGAGCCGGGCCGGGUCUGUGCACCCCUACUCUCCAACUUGAGUUAUCAACUAAACGUCUAAACUGAAGCAAAACCAUAAAACACUCACUAGUCACUUCCACAUUCAACAGAACACAUACAAAAAUUUCAAAAGACAUCGUUCAUAAUAUUUUCAGGAACUCAAUAAAACAUAAAAUGCCACCAAGUCUUCAAACCGUCCCAGCCGCCGUAUCCCGCCACCACACGCAUGCGGUUUCGCCCAACCAGUGCUGCUCCGCCGUCAUCCAGGAGAUCGCCGCCCCUCUUCCCACCGUGUGGUCCAUCGUUCGCCGCUUCGAUAACCCCCAAGCCUACAAGCAUUUCGUCAAGACCUGCCACCUCGUCCUAGGUGACGGCGCCGCCGUAGGAUCCCUCCGCGAGGUCCGCGUGGUCUCCGGCCUCCCCGCCGCCGUCAGCACAGAGCGCCUCGACCUCCUCGAUGACCGCCGCCACGUAAUCGCCUUCAGCAUGGUUGGCGGCGACCACCGCCUCUCCAACUACCGCUCCGUCACAACUCUCCACCGCCGAUCCGCCAACCGCGACGUCGAUGAAGGUACGGUGGUCGUGGAGUCUUAUGUGGUGGACGUACCGCCCGGGAACACCUCCGAGGACACGCGCGUUUUCGUUGACACCAUUCUUCGGUGUAACCUUCAAUCUCUCGCGAGAUUUGCCGAGAAUUUGGGAAGAACGAGAUCGCAAUAUCAACGAUAACUCGUCUCUUCGUUAGGAGUUUUAUCGCUUCAGAGGGAGAAAACAGCUUCUGUCUUCUGCUCAGUUUUGUUUUUUCCCUUUGUUGAGAAAUAAAGUGAGAAUGAAUGAAGAACAAGGGUGUGUUUGUGUUCCA